UGGCAAGAUGGCGGCGUACAGAGAAGGUCGCGUGGUUGUUCGUGGCGGUGCCGACCUCGUUAAAAACCGUCCUGUAUUUUCUUCAGAUUCAAAAUACAUUUUUGUGUGUUCAGGGCACACAGUGAAAAUCUUCAGUGCAGCCAGCGGAGAUUGUGUCAGGGAGCUGAGAGCUCAUGAUGGUGAGGUCACUGGAGUGGUGGUCAAUCCACAAAACAAACUGCAGGUAUUCACAGGUUCUAUGGAUGGAACUAUCAGUCAGUGGGACUACAUGGACAGUGUACUUCUUAAGACAUUGUAUGUCCGAUCCCCCGUCUGUGGCCUGUUUGCACAUCCAUCUCAUCCAGAUUCACUGUUUGCUACAAUCUUUGAUGAGAAAAGUGAUGACAAUACCAGAUUGAAACUUGUCAAGAUAAAGAUCCCCAAACAGGCUGGGCAGUGCGUAGACGUGGUCGACCAGUUCGUAACUGGGAAUGUCCAGGCCGGUGACAAAGGUGUAGCAUUCGGUGCCAGAGGAGAGUUCAUUGCUACCAUCAUGAGGAACACGCUCAAAAUAGUGUUUAUGAAAGAUAUGCACCUGAAAAAACUUUCCCCAGACAGAACCCCACUGACUUGCAUUGCCUGCCAUCCAUCUGAUUACUGCAUCGCAGUGGGCGAUGAGAAAGGCCGGAUCUCAGUCUGGCGGAACUUCCAUAAGAAGGAGCGUCGAGCGCUGGAACACUGGCACUCGCUGAGAGUUGAGGAUUUGUGUUACUCACCUGAAGGAUCAGUGUUGUACAGUGUUGGUCAUGAAUGCACAUUGGUGGAAUGGCGGCACGAGACCUUGCAGAAGAAGUUUCUUCCUCGCCAAGGUGCACCUAUCAACCACAUCGCUUAUGCUCCAAACAGCCAGCAGAGGGCGCUGUCACUUAUGACAAAUGCCAUGCUCAUCCAGUCCCAUCUGACGACAACUCAGACCAUCCAGGGAUUGGUGCGUACAAACUUCAACCAGAAGAGGGAGGACUACCUACCCAUAGGCCUGGUCAUAGAUCCCCACACGAGGGCGCUGGUCACCAAUGGCAUGGUGGGACAGCUUCAGUUCUAUCAGCUGGAUGAGGAUCGCCUGUUGUUCAGUCUUGACAUCACAGGUGAGAAUUACAUAUCUCCAGCAGACCUACAGCAGCCCCUGUUUCACACUGAGGUAGAGAAGGUGGCCUUUGACCCCCCAGGUGACUGGAUGGCCACAGUGGAGAGGAGAGACGACAAACAAACAUCGCCCGAGUUGCGACUCAAAUUUUGGGAGUUUGAUCAGCUUAAACAAAGUUUUGUCUUAAAUACCGUCAUCUCGGAACCACAUGCCAGCAGGAUCAACUGCCUCAGUUUCAGGCCAUCCUCAUCAGUGUCACAUGACACCCACGAACCGAUGGCUUUCACCACAAGUGAUGAUGGAAAAUUUAAGCUGUGGGCUGCAGCAAGUGAUGAUGACAGUCAAAAAAAGGGCAGAAGUUGGGGCUGUGAGUCUGUUGGCUUCUUCAGGGAUGAAAUCCCCAGUUGCGCCUGCUUCUCAGCAGACGGAUCCCUCCUGAUUGUUUCCUUUGGUAAUGUUGUGACGACGUGGGACCCAGACGUCAACGUCUUGAAGAAAACACUUUGCCAUGGGGUUAACGACCAGCACAUAGAGCACGUGGUAUUUGGGCAUGGUUCCGCAGCUCACUGUCUGAUUUCAGCCUCAUCGAGUGUUCUGAAUGUGUGGAAUCUCCUAACAUGCACUGUGAUGUGGAGGGUCAACAUGAAUGUUAGUGUACUCGUUGCUGACACAGAGUCAGAGUUUGUCGCUACAUUUGACAGAUCAGGAAAUUUGUUUGUUUUCCACCCACUGGAACCUAAGCUAGUCUACACCAAGCAGAACCUGCCAACACCCAGUGUCAUGGCAGCAGUGUUCAUCCCCCUGACAAGAACAGACUCAUCUUCAUCUGGAGGAUCUCAUCUUCUGCCGUGGGAGGAACACUCCCACCUUUACUUUGUGACUAAGGGCCUGAUGCUGAUGACCGAAACUAGCCAACUUCAUCAGCAAAGAGUCAGUCAUGCUGACAUGGAGGAGAGAUUGCCGCCAACUCCAUUUGCCAUGCUGCUGAACAAUCAGCAGCGUAAAGCAGAAAAGGAGGAAGGAGUCAGGAUGCAAGACCUGCCUGCCUCAGCCAACAUGAGAGAGAUGCUUCAAGCGCCAGCUCACAUAUUACCACCGGUCAAGUCUCUGUGUGCUACAUUCCUUCAGGGGCUUCUAGACCCAGGAACAAAAAUGCUCAAAAGGAAAGAAGAAAGAGAUAUGGAUGAGUCAGAUGAAGAUAGUGACCAAAAGUCCGACUCUGAAGAAUCUGAUAUGGACAUGGAGACAGCUGGUGGUGGUGCCGUGAACCAGUCAAAAGACACAGGAAACGGCACCGACCAAUCACAAGACUCUGAAGAUCACAAGGAUCAAUCAGAACUACAGGCCAGAUCAGGUGGUCAGUACAGAACUCAAGCAUUAAGUGAGGCAGAUCUCAGGCGAUUGGCCAAAGUGUCGAGAUCUGGGCUCAAAUGGAUGCACAAGGUCUUCCAAGAAAUAUACUAGGAUUGGACUUAAAGUACUUACACCUGAAUGUGGACAAACCACUUUCAUCAGAUAGACAGGAAGGAAUGGAUUUGCUUUCAAAGACAGCACUGUGGACCUUAAACACCAAGUACUGUGGAGAGCUUUUGGAUCCAAAUUAAUUUCAGCUGUGUUUCACCUGAGAAGUGGAUGGAGGGAAAGCUUUGACAUCUGUUUAGGUAAAUUACCUCGAUUACUCCAAGUACAACCUGGCCUUUAUGACAUUAAUCAACUCUUUCUCAAAAGCCUUCAAGAGAGAUUCCACUGGAACCAAUGCACCAUGCUCUGUAGCACUGUUCGUUUCAAGUGCUUCCAGUCAGAGUCUUUCUUAUAAUUACAACUCUGUAUAGACAUGGAGUUUGCUGAAAACUUCGUUGGGCCAGAGGUUGUAAUGCUGAGAUAACACUUCUUCUGAGAAGCCAUCACAUUUUUAGCAUUGAUGCCAAUAAAUGUUAUCUCCAAAGAUUUCCAACUUGGCAAUUCAAAUAUUGACAUGAGUGUGCUCAUUAAUCUCGACUGUGAACCCCUUGACAUCUUCUCUAGUAUCAUCGCAGUGUAUUUUUUGCAUGCACCAAACCUUCAAGAUUAUUUUUGGAGAAUCCCUUGCGGUCAUUUUGACACCACUUUGGUGAAAUCAGACAAACCGUUCUCACAUUGCACCCAUUUUUCUGAGGCAGGUCAGCCAAAAAUGUGUACUUCAUCCAUUGACUUGCUUGAUGCAAGCACGCUCGAGGUGAUGAACUUCAAUGACCGUGACAACGUAAACAUGCUUUGGAUUUUGUGGAAAUUUCCUAGUUGUAUUUAAUAUGAGUCUUUCGAUAUGCAUGCCAAGCUCCAAAAAGAUUGGACAUGGGACAGCCGAUUUAACCAUAUUUAUGGAAGAAUAUGCUGCUCUUAUUACAUCCCCCAAAUCUUUUUGUUUUUUCGCCGUAAAUAUUGAAUAUGAGAAAAAUAAAUUCACUUGAAGUUAACGUU